GGCCGUUUGAGCACCAACUUCAAAACUUGAAAAACCUCUCUUCCCUUCGAUGCAAUCCUCUCUUCACUUCACUGCGCCAUAGCCACACCGGAUACUCGCACUCAGUGCAUACCCAUUUGGUCCGAGAAGCUGCUUUGUUUGAGACAAUUAUGACAGGCCUUGUCAUGAUGACCAAGGGAGGUGGUUGUGCUGGUGGGGUUAGGGGGGCAAAGCGUUCCAGAGGGAGUGAAGAAGAGCAAAAUCAGUUGUCAAUGGUGGAGAUUCUCUUGGCAGCUAUAAGGAAAUCGUUAGUUUCUUGCCGUUUUGAGGAGAGAGAAGAUGUGAUUCCUACCGUUCAUCAUAUGGAGAUUGGAUGGCCUACAAAUGUUAAGCACAUUACUCAUGUGACGUUCGAUCGCUUCAAUGGGUUUCUGGGUUUACCUGUGGAGUUCGAAGUCGAGAUCCCGUGUCGAGUCCCAAGUGCUAGUGCAAGUGUGUUUGGAGUCUCAGCAGAAUCAAUGCAAUGUUCUUUUGAUUCAAAAGGGAACAGUGUCCCAACAAUUAUCUUACUAAUGCAGGAGCGGCUAUACUCACAGGGAGGUCUAAAGGCAGAAGGGAUUUUUCGCAUAAACCCAGAGAAUGGCCAAGAGGAGCACGUGAGGGACCAGUUGAACAGGGGCAUUGUGCCUGAAGAUAUUGAUGUACAUUGCUUGGCGGGCCUCAUAAAAGCCUGGUUUAGAGAGCUUCCUUCUGGGGUGCUGGAUGGGCUUUCCCCUGAACAAGUUCUCCAAUGCAACACGGAAGAAGAAUGUGUUGAGCUUGUGAAGCAAUUAAAGCCAACAGAAUAUGCUUUGCUCAAUUGGGCCAUUGACCUCAUGGCUGAUGUUGUACAGGAAGAAGAUUCAAAUAAAAUGAAUGCCAGAAAUAUUGCAAUGGUUUUUGCUCCAAACAUGACUCAGAUGUCUGAUCCGUUGACGGCACUGAUGCAUGCCGUACAAGUAAUGAACUUGCUCAAGACUCUAAUCACGAAAGUACUAAGAGAACGUGAAGAGAAUGGAACUGGAGGAUAUUCACCCAUGUCAUCUCAUUCAUCUGGUCAACAAACUGAUGAGGAUUUUGACAGUCAGCAAGAGAUGGAUACCAGCUGUGAACUGAGACAGUCACCAUCAGAUUAUGAUGAAGAUCAGGCCCAUUACAGCCCUCACACUGAAGAUGAUGAUGAUGGUGAAGUUGAGUCCUUGUGUGAGAUAGAAGAUUGCUUCUUGAGGCAGUUGAAUGAGAACAAAAGUACCAGCAAUAUGUUUCUUCAGCAAUCACCAAGUGAUUCACCUAGAGAAUUUGCAAGUCCCAGAGCUUACUCAGGGUUGAAAGCGGAAGCUGCCAUUUCAUUUACAGAUAGCAAAAAUGAAAAUUCAAGUUCAGCUACAAGAGAUGAAGACUCCAGGGCAAGUAUCAUAUCUCUAGGACAAGAAAUUGAUAGAAGUAAUCCAUCACAAGGAUGUGAAAACUCUGACGAUAUGGAGGUGGUUGACAAAUUACCCAAAUCUGUCUUGCCUACACAGUCAAUCAUCUAGUUUUUAUGCUCAUCGUGCUUAGGAAAGUAAUUCGUUUCCAGAGUUUGGUUUGGUCACCACAGUCACAGUUGCUUCUGUACAUUGACACUGCAUUGACUGUGUGGGAUUUGCUUGAACUGAGGUUCGGAGUAUUCUAGACUUCUAGUGGUGUUAAUUGUAAGAGAUUCAUGGUUCAGCUUUGGGCUGAACUGGUGCUUGUUUUGUGAGUUUCAGCACAGAGCUGAAUACUUGCUUCUCUGUGUUUCAGUAGCGUGGAAAUCUAUUCUAACCUUAACAUUCUUAGGCUGGAAUGAUUCAUGUGCCUGAGUCUAAUUCCAUGUCCGUAUCAAAUGGAUAUGCAGAUGUCUAUGAUGUUGAAUUCCUACCUAGAUUCGUUCAACUUUACGAUGAAGUCAUUCACAUUACUAUGUUUGAUUUCAAAAAUAUAGCAUGGUCCAUGUUUCAUUUAAGAUGAAAUUCUACAUCUAGCUAUGGCCUACCUUGACAUUCUUAGACUUGAAUGAUUCAUGUGCCCAUGUCUAAUUCCAUGUCUGCAUCUGUAGAUUUUCUUUAAGUCUGAUGCUGAAGUCCACUUAGCUUCAUUGAUCUUUCUCUGGAUGUCGUUAAUUCAUAAUGAAAUUAUUCAAUUGGAUGUGCACUGUGUAUGAGAAAGUGCUGAGAAAUAUAAAUUUUGUUUACGAGGGAGUUUCCAACU